AACUUGGGGAUUUUGUAAAACUUGGUGUGCACUUUAAGACUAUGUGGAUUAAUAGCUGCUAAUCCCAUAAUUUGUAGACUCGUACCUAGUCCUUUUCGGCUUGAAAUCAUGUUUGUUAUCCCAUCAUACCUGUUCGGGCGCUCCCAAACAUGGCCUGGAGGAGUGGUUACCCAGCGCAAUCAAGUCAUCGUAAAUCGUGCCGUGUGCGGAAAAAGUCUGGAAGAUUUAGAGCUGUGACUGUAAACCUGUUCGUCGCUUAGCUAGAUUUUUGGGAACCUAUCCGUUGUUCUACGAUGAAAGAUGUCACUGAGACCUCGGGCUGUGAAUUUUGACGAAACAUGGGCUAAGAUCCGGGAAACAUUGGAAUCUGUGGUCACUUUGAAAAAGAUUCCAAGAGCGGUCUGGAAUGACAGGUUUUCAGAUGUAUAUGCUCUUUGUGUAGCCUUUCCAGAGCCUUUAGGUGAAAAACUUUAUGCUGAAGUGAAGAAUUUCUUGGAGAAUCACAGUCAAAGCCUUUUUGAGGCUGUCAGUGGUUCUGAUGUUGAUAUUCUGCGAGUCUAUCACGAUCACUGGUCGCAAUUCAGCAAAGGCUCCUUCUAUAUGAAUCUUUUAUUUGGCUAUCUGAAUACUCAUCUCAAGAAACAAAAGCAGGACUAUGGAGAGAUUUCACCGUACACUACAUCAUUCUGUCCUGAUGUCAUGGAAGAGGUCAUGGACAUUGGAGCACUUGCUCUGGACAUCUGGAAGAGAAAAAUGAUAGAACCAUUGAAGGGGACAUUGGUGGAACAUGUGCUAAAAGAAGUGACAAAGUUUGAUGUCUACUGUAGUUGGGAACUGCUAAGUGGGGGCUGUGUGACCGAGUCACCCAGAAACCUUGUUCAGCAGCUAGCCCCUGAGAUGGACUCAUUUUUCCACUGGGAAAUUGCUGCAACUACAUUUAUGUCAUGUGAGCAUCCUCACAGAACUAGACACCAGUCACACACUGUUAUGUCAAUGGAGAGAGUUUUUGGUGGAAGGGGAAUCACCCUGGCUAAAACUACACAAGACAGCCCAAGUGUAUGCUUAGGGAACUUUGUGCAAACUUAUAAUAUCUUAUUUCAGCUUUAUGAGGAAGUCCUUGAGAAGCCCCUUUUGAAAGAAACCAAAGCAUACUACAGGCGAGAGGCAGCAGAACUUCAUGCUGACAACACAUGUCAUGCAUUCAUAACUAAGGUUGAUGUCCGCAUUCAGGACGAGGAUUUGAGGACCAGAAAAUUCUUUCAUCCUGUGUCAUACAGCCGAGUGAUCAGAGAGUGUGAAGCACGCAUGGUGGAGGAUUACAUUCCUUACUUACAAGGAGAGUGUCGACAGAUGGUAAAGGAGGAAAAUAGACCAGAUCUUUCAAAGCUUUACAAACUUUUGAGGAACAUUCCUCGUGGGCUUCAAGCCAUGGUCGCAGAACUAGAGGAACACAUUACAAACACAGUGUGCAAUUUUGAUAUAAUCCUCUGAUUUCAGGGCCCACAGCAAUAUGUAGAUGAAUUACUGGAAAUCCACAGAAAAUUCCAAACUCUUAUCAAGGAUACUUUUAGGGAUGAUCCAGCUUUUAUAUCAGCAUUAGACAAGGCCUGUGCAACUAUAGUGAAUUAUAGACAUGAUCCAAGGCGCUCAUCAAAAUCACCAGAAUGGCUCGCCAAAUACUGUGAUUCAAUCCUGAAGAAGAGCACGAAGAACCUCAGUGAUGUAGAAUUAGAUGAAAAACUUAGCGAUAUUAUAAUUAUUUUUAAAUAUAUUGACGACAAGGACAUUUUUCAAAAGUUCUACUCCAAGAUGUUAGCAAAGAGACUUAUUCACACCCUGUCAGUGUCAAUGGAUGCUGAAGAAGGAAUGAUCAGCCGACUGAAGCACGCCUGUGGUUAUGAGUACACCAACAAACUUCACCGCAUGUUUACUGAUAUCAGCAUCAGUUCAGAUCUCAACUCCAGUUUUCUCGAUUUCCUUUCUAACGCCAAUGUGUCUCUUGGAGUUGGUUUUACCCUUUUUGUUUUACAGUCUGGGGCGUGGCCUCUUGGUCAGACUUCUGUUUCACCAUUGUCCAUCCCCCAGGAACUAGUGAAAUCAGUUCAAAUGUUUGAACAAUUCUACAAUGGAAAAUUCAAUGGCAGGAAAUUAACAUGGCUUCAACACUUGUCUACCGGCGAAGUGAAAGUUAGUUACCUUAAACGGCCGUACUUCAUCACUGUCACAACGUAUCAGAUGGCGGUCAUAUUGCUGUUCAACGAGAGGACAAGUUUACAGUUUUGUGAAAUUGGUGAACAGACACAGCUUGUGGAGAAAGAACUAAUUAGAACGUUACAAUCCCUAGCAGACGUACGGCUCAUAACGAUCUCUGAGGGCACUGAUCCCACGAAAUGUACAUACACUUUAAACCCUGAUUUCUCUAGCAAAAGGACGAAACUUAAAAUCACCGCUGCAGUACAGAGAGAAACUCCACAGGACACGGAGCAAACACUUUCAUCAGUGGAUGAUGACAGGAAAAUGUACCUUCAGGCUGCCAUAGUGAGAAUUAUGAAAUCCAGGAAAGUUUUGAAGCACAAUUCACUCAUGCAAGAGGUUAUAAGCCAAUCAAGUGCUCGAUUCACUCCCAGUGUAGCAAUGAUCAAGAAAUGCAUCGAGGCGCUGAUAGACAAACAAUAUUUAGAAAGACGCGAGGGGAGUAAGGACGAGUACACCUACAUGGUUAUAAGCCAAUCAAGUGCUCGAUUCACUCCCAGUGUAGCAAUGAUCAAGAAAUGCAUCGAGGCGCUGAUAGACAAACAAUAUUUAGAAAGACGCGAGGGGAGUAAGGACGAGUACACCUACAUGGCAUGAUGGGAUAGCAGCCAGCAUACAAGUCAACAACGCGUCGCUCAAACUGUGUGGGAUGUGUACGGAGAUGAAAUUCGGAGAUUUUCUCUCUUCCCUCCCCUCCCUUCACGUACAACAUGCAACAAGGACAUAGAUAGAGACUGAGAAAAGAAUGUCCCGUUUGUUGUGACGAAAACAUGUUCGUUUCCACUAUAAAUGGAGCGCUACAAGAUCCUCGAUUUUAAAUACAGAUUGCUUUGUUUGCUUUCAACUGGCAGUUGGCGGGAAAAAAUCGACAACAGAUCUCAUAUUUAUUGAUUCUUUUUAAUGUUGACUGUAUUUUGGUGGCGUCAUUGGACAUUCCCUCGUGCAUUAACCGGUGUAUGAAUGGUAUAUUCUUUUAACAAGGUCACACUUUUGCCGCUGCGUGGACUUGACGGGCAAAUAACUUGUAGGACUAAUGCUUAAUUAAUAUUUACUUCCAAUUUUUGCUAAUUUAGAACAUUUUUAUAUCAAUUCAUUUGUUAAGCGCGGCGUUUUACAUAUAAAGAGGUGUUUAGCUCUUUUUCUUUGAAUUCUUCUUGAGAUAUUUGGCAAAUGCUCAGUCAACUCGUCAGGGGUACGUAUGAAUUUCAAGUUGACUUAACGCUCAUUUUCACUGAUGAACUAUCUUUGUUCACGGUCUGAUGUUAAUUUUAACCCUGUAAUAGCCAAGAGUGGUUACAAAAGAACUUGUCACGGAUGCUGCAUUUAAAAAAUAAAUGUAGCCUAAUAGACCAUUUUACAGUUGUCUGCUCAGUGACCUGGCCUUUGAAUGGCAGCGAGGCUGUAAGUGACCUUGUUUUGAUACAGACCACUGCUUUUGUUGUGUAAGUCAAGUUGUUCUGAUGCUAACUAGUUUGCAUUUUAAUGAGAAUGGCACAGGGGUUUGUAUCAAAGUAAGGUCACCUUCAGCGUUGCUUUCAUUCACAGGCCAGGUAACCGAGUACACAACUGUAAAAUGGCCUAUUUCUUAAGCUCGUUUGUAAUUCGUUUGCAUUGUCCGCAGUUUAAUCUGUUCUUGUUGGUUAGUUUAGAGUGUUUUCUUUUUAUAUAAUUUGGAGUGUCGACAGUAAUUCGUACUUGCUUUGGGUUUUCAUUACCGCGCUAAGCGAUUGGCUUAAAACAAAACUCGUGCCACUUUGUUAUCCAAUCAUAACUAAAACCAAAGCCAAUCGUGACUCGCCCGCACACGUUUUCCCGCGUUUUGCGCCGGCUACAUGUAUUUGUUUUGAGUUCUGAUUGUUUCACUGGAUUGUCUGUAUAAUUUGUGAUUGGCCAGAGUGAAUACUCUGGUUCUCGUUUUACGACACUUUAAUAGUUGAAAACUGCUCUAUCUAAAUAAACUAUUAUAUGAAUUUCGUUUUUGUA